CCCCCACCCCACACAACCAACACACCAUCCCCCCUUCCUUCAUUGGUGCUUCAACAUGCGCGCCCUGGCUAUUCUCUCGGGUCGGUCCCAUCCCCUCCUGGCGGAGUCGAUCGCUGACCGCCUUGGCGUGUCUGUCGGCGAGGUCCGCCUCAUGAAGUUCGCCAACCGCGAAACCUCGGUCGAGAUCAAGCAAGACGUCCGCGGCAAGGAUGUCUUCAUCAUCCAGUCCGGCGGUGUGGGCAAUGUUAACGACCACCUGAUCGACAUGCUAAUCAUCAUCCACGCCUGCAAGAUCGCCAGUGCCCGUCGCAUUGUCGCGGUCAUCCCCUUCUUCCCGUACUCCCGCCAGGCGGACAUCCCUUACAGCACCGCCAGCCCGGUGGUGUCGGCGAUCACGGCCCCGAUGUGCGGGUCGAUGGUUGGCGGCCGGGCUAUUCCCCCCGGGGAGAUGGCUCCCACAUCGCGCCGCGUCCGGGAACAGUGGCAGGCCCGCCCGGGCACCCUGGUGGCCAACAUGCUGACGGCCGCCGGCGUGGACCACAUCAUCACCAUGGACCUGCAUGAUGCCCAGUUCCAGGGGUUCUUCGACAUCCCCGUGGACAAUCUCCUGGCUCAGCCGCUCAUGCUGCGCUACAUCCGCCAAUGCAUCCCGGACUAUGAGAAUGCUGUAAUCGUGUCGCCGGACAGUGGUGGUGCCAAGCGCGCCAUUGUCAUCGCCGAGCGCCUUGGCCUGGACUUCGGCCUCGUGCACAAGGAGCGCCGGGCACCGGGAUCACCGGUCAAUGACACGACUUUCGUCGGCGAUGUCAACGGGCGCCCGGCGAUCAUCAUUGACGACAUUGUCGACACCGGGACCACCCUGCUCCAGGCGGCCACGGUUCUCCGCCGGCAGGGCGCCACCCGUGUCGUGGCCCUCGUCACGCACGCCGUCCUGGCUGGUGACACGGCCGCCCUGAUCGGCUCCUCCACGCACUUGGAUGAGCUGAUUGUCAGCACCAGUGUUCCCCUCCCGAAGGAGAAGAUCGAGGCCAGCCGGAACAAGAUCCGCCAAUUCGACGUGGCCUACAUCUUCGCCGAGGCCAUUCGCCGUAUCCACAAUGGUGAGAGUGUCAGCUACCUGUUCGAGGAGCACUGGCGGUAAAGCGUGGCACCCCUCCCCGCUCCUCCUCCUCCUCCGCCUCCCUGUCCGGGCCUUGCCCGUGUGCGGCGGCUUGUGCUCCGCCGCUGGAGGCAAGAGAAAGAGCCGAGAGCGAGCGAGAGGGCGCAAAAGAGCACAAACGCAGCGAGGCAGGGUGACCAACACCCUUCGCCCUCCUUUCCACCAAUACAUUUCCCAAAAUUGACCCCCCACACCAGGGACUCCUGAAUGUUUGGCGAGA